ACUUUGUCCCAUAAGGCUCGCACCUGUUGCAGACGGACUUGUAACGUGUGUAGGGACGGAGAGGCUUGAUCAGGAGUGUUGAUCUUCGCUUCGAAAAGGCUUACGCGAUCGCUGACGGCGAUGAAUUUAUGCAACGCUGCGUUUGCGGGCGUUGGCUGCUCAGAGGAUGCCAUUUUCUUUGUGGUAGAGCGUGUGACGCGGAGGAAAUCAGUCCCGACAGCGGAGGGACUCUCGGAUUUUCUCGAUAGCGAAGACUCACUAGACGCUCGCGUCACUGGUCGGGAAAUGACCAACCUAGGAGUUGUCUUCGAACUGGUCGAUGGCAAAACCUUUGCUUUCGGAGUGGGAGUCGCGGUUUUGACCCUGGGACUAACGGACUUGGGUGCUGGCCUACCGCGAGUGGAUAGCGGAGAUUGCGGGUUGAACUUUUGUUCUUUUCCAGGUGCGGGUGUCUUUUUCUUGUCUCCCUCUAGGGGCAUGCUCAGCUAUGCCCUAGGAGAAGGAAGUCAAGAAGGCCUGCACGCCGCAAAAAAUGUGGAAUUGAAAAAGAACCAGACACAGAGGGCACCCAAAUCUGGAUGGACAAAGGAUCCCGUCGGAAUUCGGGAGAAAGUUGCAAUUGGGAUCUGGAGAUUGAAACACGAAGGAAAAAAAAUCCCAAUUUUUGUGAAAUAAGGCCCCAAUAGAUCUUCAAUCAACUGGAAAAAAGCUUAAAUGAAGCACAAUAUAGCUAAAAUUCAGUGUGAAAAAAAUAGCUAGGAGGAUUCACAAAAAAAAACAACAGCUAGAGUGAAGUCCACAAGAAGAUAUAGCUAUAUUGGAGUC